AUGUUUUAUCCUCAGCGAGGCGCUGCGACUGGACAGCUACGUUCUGAUCACCAGGGCCAGAAACGCAAAGGCGACCAAAUCCAACAUUUCGCCCCCCAGAGAUCUCAACUAGACCAGGAUGGGUUCCCACCAAUCGACCUUCCCGGCUCCGCAAGUGCUUCCCACGACUGGCUCGGCCACCCACCACGUUCUACGCCUCAUACGCGGGACCACGACCGAAGUUCCUUGGAUAUCCUGGCUGCCCUGAGUAGUGUCGCUUACGGAGGCCCCAUAGGCUCAAGCUCCGUCUCUCCCAAUAGAUCCUACCACGGCCCCGCAGACGACGGUGCGCAGUUCAGCGUCGAAAUGUGCGUCGACCUUCCGAGAAGGCGACCUACGAGACUGACUAGCUACGACUAG